CACCGCCUCUGGACCAUGGACCCCUGCAAAGUGAACGAGCUUCAGGCCUUCAUGAAAAUGUGUAAGCAGGAUCUGAGUGUUCUGCACACCAAGGAAAUGCGCUUCCUGCGGGAGUGGGUAGAGAGCAUGGAGGGUAAAAUACCACCUGUUACUCAUAAAACUAAAUCAGAAGACAAUAUCAAGGGAGAAAAAACAGAUAGUAAGAAGGCGGAGGAAAACAUAAAGACAGAUGAACCAUCAAGUGAGGAAAGUGAUCUAGAAAUUGACAAUGAAGGUGUGAUUGAACCAGAUACUGAUUCCCAUCAAGAAAUGGGAGAUGAAAAUGUACAGAUAACUGAGGAAAUGAUGGAUCAGGCAAAUGAUAAAAAAGUGGCUGCCAUUGAUGCCCUAAAUGAUGGUGAACUACGGGAUGCCAUUGACUUGUUCAUGGAUGCCAUCAAACUGAAUCCUCUCUUGGCCAUUCUCUAUGCCAAGAGAGCCAGUGUCUUCAUCAAAUUACAGAAGCCAAAUGCUGCCAUCUGAGACUGUGACAGAACUAUUGAAAUAAAUCCUGAUUCAGCUCAGCCUUACAAGGGGCGAGGGAAAGCACACUGACUUCUGGGCCAUUGGGAAGAAGCAGCGCAUGAUAUUGCCCUUGCUUGUAAACUGGAUUGUGAUGAAGAUGCUCGUGCAAUGUUGGAAGAAGUUCAACCAAGGGCCCAGAAAAUUGCUGAACGUUGGAGAAAGUGUGAGCAAAAACGUGAAGAGCGAGAGAUCAAAGAAAGAAUAGAAAGGGUUAAGAAGGCUCGGAAGAACAUGAGAGAGCCCAUAGGGAGGAAAAAGGCAGACAAAUCAGGAGCUCAGUAUGACUCUUUCCCAGGUGGCUUUCCUGGGGGAAUGCCUGGUAAUUUUCCUGGAGGCAUGCCUGGAAUGGGGAGAUAGGCAGAGUGUGAGUGGGGGAGGGGAAGAGAGAGAAGGAG